AAUCUAGCGACUAUAUAUAUACACUGAUGUCGAUCACUGAUCAAAACAUUCCUCGAUGUUCUAACCCCUCAGAUUUGAAUAAGAGCAUCCUCGCUCCUUCCCUUCAAUCUCCCUUUCAUUUUCUCUCUCUCCAGCCACUUCACCUUUCAGCCUUUCUCUUCUCUUCUUGCUAAUUCAUUCUCAGUUUGACGUUGAAUCCUCUUAAACAUUGUCGUCGUCUUUCAUGGUGCUGAAAAUUUUAUCUACUUGAUAAAAAGAAAAAGUUUCACCUUUGUUUUAUUUGAUAUAUUUCUUGUGAUGAUGGCACAGAAACACUUACACGAGCUUCUACAAGAAGAUCAAGAACCGUUCGAACUCAAGAACUACAUUGCUGACAGGCGUUGUCAACUCAAAGGACCAUCGCCAAAUACUCAGUUACAGCUCAAGAAACGUAAACCCAUUUCACAAAAAUCAAAAUUUCCUUCAAAUUUUUGCCAGAAUGCUUGUUUUUUCUCCUUUCAUGACGAGCCAGAGCCCAGAAAAUCUCCGCCUUUUGAAUUUCCAUCUCCUGUUAAAAGCCCUUGUAGAAGUCCUAACAAUAUGUUUCCUCAUCUCCCGGCAAGAACCGCUGCUUUGCUUCUUGAAGCGGCUCUUAGGAUUCAGAAACAAAAAUCUCAAAACAAAAACAGCAGUGUUGGUUUAUUUGGGUCCAUAAAGAAAAAACUCAAGCAUGGAAUUGGAACGAGGAAGCGUGAAAGCUCUUCUGAAGGUAAUACGCUCUCAGUUAGGGAUAAUCUGAGAUGGGAUUCGAAGAUUAAGCAAGUUAAAGAACAAAUGAUGCGUGUGAAGGACAAAAGUGCUUUUAAGGUAAGAACAAAUGGGAGAGGCAGCAGUGCGGCUUGGUCUGAAAGUAAUAAAGACAAUCAAUCUUUAGAUUUGGAUUUAGAUACCUCAUGUAGUAGUCAGUUGUCCGAGAAUUUCGAAAAAGAGGUUGAAUUUGAUUGCAAUGAAAAAGAAAACAUAGAUUUUGCUUCUUGUGAGAAGCACUUCUGCGAAAGCCCUUUUAGUUUUGUGCUCCAAAGAAGUCCUUCCUCCGGUAGCCGGACGCCGGAUUUCUCGUCGCCGGCAACAUUCCCUAGUCGCCUCACCCACUCAAGAGAGGACAAAGAGAGUAAUCAUCAGGAGAUUGAGGUGUUAAAGAAAUUCCAAGUAGGAGCAGAAGAGAAAGAGGGAGAAGAAGAAGAAGAAGAAGAAAAGGAACAAUGCAGUCCUGUAUCAGUACUGGACCCUCCAUUUGAGGACAAUGAUGAAGGAAAUGACGAUGAAGAUGAAGAUGAAGAUGAUGAUGACCAUGUUGAUAUGGAAUGCAGCUAUGCUCUUGUACAGAGAACGAAGCAGCAACUAUUGCACAAACUUCAUAGGUUUGAAAGACUUGCAGAGUUGGAUCCUAUCAAACUCGAGAAAAGAAUGCUGAAACAAAAGGAUGAUGAAAAUGACUAUGAUAUCUAUGAGCUAGAUGGGGCAGAGGAAAAUGAAGAUUAUGAAAUAGAGUCCAGCGAGGGAGAAAAAAAUAUUGAUGAAUUUGUUAAAGAAGUUUCCACCAAAUUCAGCUUCAAUAACGUGCAUCAAAUUCCUGACGCGAUGAAGAGAUUGGUGAUAGAUAUAGUCACGGAGGAAGAAAAAGAAGAUAAUUGUUGUGUCAACAGAGAAGUAAUAGGGAAGAGGGUUUGUCGAAGGUUGGAGUUGCGGAAAGAAAAUGAAUCAAACACCAUUGAGAUGAUGGUGGAAGAAGAGCUUAGAAGAGAGGUUGAUGAUUGGAAUAAAUAUAAGGAGCAGGUAGGAGAAACAACAACAGAGAUUGAAAUUGCUAUACUUGGAUUAUUGAUAGAGGAAUUAUCAGAGGAGCUUGGUGAUUUCAACAAGUUCGUGGUUAUCUAAUUUAGCUUUUGAUUAGCAUUUCUAUUAAUUUUGUUCUGCGUAUGACACGUAUAAUUAAUGGUGGUCCUUAAUAUAUUAAAAAUUUAAGUUUUCACUUAA